AUGGCAGACCUUCCUGCAGACAGAGCUGAAAACACCCCACCAUUCACAAAUGUGGGGAUGGAUGUCUUCGGUCCCUGGAGUGUAGUGAACAGGAGAACGAGAGGUGGUUCAUCAGAAGCCAAGCGAUGGGCCAUGAUCUUUGUAUGUCUAUAUACAAUAGCCAUACACAUUGAGAUCAUCAACUCAAUGGAUACCUCCGCCUUCAUCAACGCACUGCGUCGCUUCAUAGCCAUUCGUGGCCCUGUUAAGAAACUGAGAUGUGACCAGGGCACCAACUUCAUAGGAGCGAAGAACGAACUAAAAGCAGCACUCGAAGAACUUGACCAGCAUCAAGUGCAAAGGUUUCUAACAGAACGCCAAUGUGAAUGGGUGUUCAAUCCACCUCAUGCCUCACAUUUUGGGGGCAUAUGGGAGAGACAGAUUGGUAUCGUCAGACAAGUCCUUAACUCUAUGUACGUACAACUUGGCAAACCGCAGUUCACGCAUGAUUUGCUCUCCACACUAAUGGCUGAAGUUUGCGCCAUAAUCAACGCUCGACCCAUAACCACCAUAUCUUCAGAUGCCAAUGACCCGCUGGCACUCAGUCCCAGUAUGCUUCUCACUAUGAAGACGCAACAA